AUGCACGCAAACAUGCUUGCCGCCAUCAGCGCUUUGUUUCUGGUCCUCCUGGGCCUUCAGGUUUCUGCUCUUCCGCUCUCGGUCCUGUCAGUUGGAGCCCUGCUUGGCUCCUCGGUCCCUGCUUUUCCGGUUGCCUCCUGGUCAGAUGGAGCCAUCUUUAGCUUCCCAGUCUCUGCUCUUCCGGUUUCCGCCUUGUCCAGCCCUAGCCCUGACUUCAACAAUACGGGAACCCAUGUUGCUGAUCUCCCUACCGCUGCUUCAACUGCCGAUCAUCCCGCAACUGCUUCUACCGUUGCAGCCGGUGGAUCCCGCGUCUCUCCCGUCCACAUGGCAGCCAAAGACGAUCCGAAACCCACAAAGUUCUGGAAACGCGGUUGGUGGUCAUGCGCCCUCUCUAUUCUGCGGGCCUGCAAAUGGCACGCGGCCGAUCCUCAUCCCAGUUCAACAGAGCUUAUCACGGUGUACCAACCACCCUCGUCUCUCUUUCCUUCGUGGGAACUCGUGUCCACGCCUCCCUUUACCGUCAGCGCCGCCACAGGGUUGCCCCCAAGCAGCGAUCCCAACCCUAUUACCUGGUCAAUUGUGUCUGUGUCUGUGUCCGCGAGGGGAUUGUCCACCAUCACGGGAACGGGGGCUCCAGUCAUUGUUGCAACUACUACGCCUGCAGCGACACCUAAACCAGAUCCCAGCAGUCUUUCUGGGCAGAGCCAUCGUGGUCCUUUCCCCACUAUUACCUCCUACCAGUACUAG